GCUCGCGCUCAAGCACAUGUAAUUGUGCACACAUGUCCCGUGGCACAGGUGUGGCAGUCAGGAUAACUCUGAGAGUCAGUUCUCCUCUUCUACCUUUCUGUGAGUUCUGGGGAUCUAACUCGGAUCAUCAGGCGGCAUGACAAGUGCUUGUACCCCUCGGCCACCCCUCUGGCCUCUUGAUUCUCUUUGUGCAGGAGUAGUCAGCUCUCUUAGUGGAGCAAAAAAGAGAUUCCCAGUCAUGUUUCCAUCAGAAGGAGCUGGACCCCAUUCUUCUUUCUCUUUCACCCUUUCUAGAAAGGCACUUGUCUCCCUGGAACAGAGUAUUUAGAAAGAUCUGCGCCUUCAUGCCUGGCAGAGAAGCUCGUGGGCUGACCUUAGUCACUAUCACGUCUUACAGUUGCACAGUGUUCUGGGAUUUAUGAGGUGGCCUUGUUGAUUCGGAGAAGGCUGUGUGCCUGGGCAGGCGUGGAGAACUUGGUUUUGUGGGCGGAAGGCAGGCCCUGAGGACCUGGGGGUGGGACCCUCUGGUUUGAAGCAGUUUCAGUCUGGCUGGAGCCCUCAAUCCCAGCCCAGGAUUCUUCAGCACCCCGUCUCUGGAAAAGGCUCCACUUUCCCGGGCCCCAAGUUGUGUCCCUUGCUUUGCUUGGACCACUCCCUACAGGAUGUUCUCCGCGCCCUUGGACCCCGAUGGGACCGUGUUCCGGCUCCGCUUCACAGCCUUUGUCUGGUGGGUCAUCACUUUUCCCCUGUUCGGCUUCUUCUUCUGCAUCAUCUGGUCUCUGGUGUUCCACUUUGAGUACACGGUGGCCACUGACUGUGGGGUGCCCAAUUACCUGCCAUCAGUGAGCUCUGCCAUUGGUGGGGAGGUUCCCCAGCGCUAUGUGUGGCGUUUCUGCAUUGGCCUGCACUCGGCACCCCGCUUCCUGGCGGCCUUCGCCUACUGGAACCACUACCUCAGCUGCGCAUCCCCGUGUCCGGGUUACCGCCUCCUUUGCCGCCUCAACUUCAGUCUCAACGUGGUGGAGAACCUCGCGCUGCUCGUGCUCACCUACGUCUCCUCCUCCGAGGACUUCACCAUCCACGAAAAUGCUUUCAUUGUGUUUAUCGCGGCAUCCCUCAGUUACAUGCUCCUCACCUGCAUUCUCUGGCGGCUGACCAAGAAGCACACAGUAAGUCAGGAGGAUCGCAAGUCCUACAGCUGGAAACAGCGGCUCUUCAUCAUCAACUUCGUCUCCUUCUUCUCGGCGCUGGCUGUCUACUUCCGGCACAACAUGUACUGUGAGGCUGGAGUGUAUACCGUUUUUGCCAUCCUGGAGUACACUGUUGUCCUAACCAACAUGGCGUUCCACAUGACAGCCUGGUGGGACUUCGGGAACAAAGAGCUGCUCAUAACCUCCCAGCCCGAGGAAAAGAGAUUCUAAACCCUUCUCUGAUGCUGGGAAGAGGCAACCCACUGCCCUUCAGAAACAAGAAGCCACUCCGGCCUUCUCCAUGUCCUCUCCAGCUGGGACCUGGGGGAGAAGAGCAGGAGCGGGCGUGACAAGGCUCACCCCAGCAUGCUGGUGUCUCCCCAACCCUCACCGGGAUUUUCAAGAAACAUCACCACUAACGGAAAGGUCCUCAGAACUGCGCUGGCAGGAAAGCUCCACCACUUGGUGCUAAAAAGAAAAAAAAAAAAAGUCCUGAGGUUCAUGACUAUCAUUUAGUUUUUGACCUUUAAGUAGAUACUUUUCACUGAGGUUAGGAACCACUGAGCAAUGGCUGCUACCUGAAGAUCACAGCCAUUUCGCUCUAGGUCACUCAUUUGACUGAUGUGUCUAGUGAUCUACCAGAGUGGUUGUAGUUCUAUGAAUUGCCCAGGUGUUCCAGAUGUAUGCUCUUCCCAUCAGCCUCAUUGUGUUCCUGUGUAUGCCUGCGGGGAAGGCUUUGCCGGCAUCUCUGAGGUCAUCUGAUGGAAGCAGUGCUCUGUCCCUGACAGAUGGCCUGUCCCAGAAGCAUCAAGCAUGGGAUGUAUUUUCCUUCCCAUCUAUCUACAACCACUGGCUUUUUGGGCGAGCUGAAAUAUGCCUGUAAGCUUAGCACACCGGAGGCCAAGACGGGUGGACUGCAUCAAGAUCCAUGCCAACCUGGGCUACAGUGAGACCUCGUCUCAAAAAUGAAAUGUCAGGCACAUGCCUUUUAAUCCCAGCACAGCAGAGGCAGGCAGAUAUGUGAGUUCAAGGCCAGACUGGUCUACACACUGAGUUCCAGGCCAGUCAGCUAUACAGAAAGACCCUGUCUCAGAAAAAAACCAAAGUAAUCAACCUUUAAAAUCACAGGCAUAUUAAGACCUUUCCCUCUGACAAGGGGGCGGAGGUAGAUUUCCCUAUUCAAGAAUGGGUUCCUUGAUUUCCUUCAUUUUCUCUACUGCCCCAGAUCCCCAGCUUUGAUUUGUGUAUUUUAUCUCAAAGGACAAUAAAUGUUUUUCUUUUGCCAACAA